CGGGUGACACCGCCGUGGCGAGGUUGGAUUACCACUUGCCACCACUGAAACCCCUUGCCACCCCGCAGCGGUGAAGAUGACUGCAGCGGCCAUGGCGAGUUGCAUGCAUCAAUGACCGAGGUGAGUGAUUCAUCGUUGGCGCGGCUGGCACGCCGCUUUCGCCAUGUCCCGCGCGAGCCGCGCGUGGCUGGCGGGGGCCCUCACCGGAUCGGUGGAGGCCUCGGAGCGGGAAAUCAUGAAUGCGAUCUACUUUGAGUUGGUGGGCCCCCUACAAGAUGCAGAUUGCUUUUGCACUGGACCCUGGGCCUCCUUUCACCACAUGUUCAACUUCACGCUGGCGCACGCGCCGCUCACUGCGGGGACCCUGGCCGAACGCAGUGCGCCGAGCGUGGCGCUGUGUGAGAGGGCAACGCCAUUGGUGCGGAAGACCUUGCGACAGAUUAUGGAGGAGGAUGGCAGGUUGAAGAAGGAGGCCUUGAGGACCUUGAGCAGCGAGAACUGGGUGAGCUUCGACGGUCACUGGUGCCCAACUGGCCUGGUGGCGGCCUUAAGCCUUUGCGCAGCUGUCCACGUACAACUGGCAAGACCCGAAGAGGAGGAGGAAGAGGACCCAGUCGAGACGAUUGAUUGGGCCCAGGCCUUGGUGACCUGGCCGGACAUGUUGCCAGAUGACUGCGAAAGGCACUACUGGUGCCUGGCUUACAUGGAAGGACUUUUGGCACUGGCCACCGUUCGCCAUUGUGGGCCUUGCAUUGCGCAGGCUCAUUGGUUCAUCACGGCUCAGGAAGUGAAUGACAACGUUGUGCGUUGGCUGCCAUGGCUCCGGCAAAGGCCUGGGGUUCCACCCCCGCGAUGGCGCAGCGGCAUCGCCGCAGAGGCCAGUCGUCCGGGAAAGCAUCGCGUGCGGCCGGCACUCAGCUUGGAAGCCGCUGGUGCCUGGGCCGGGAUCCGGAGGAAGGCACCGCAGGAUGGCACUGGGGCCACCACCCUGCUGAACAACAUGAUCACUGCUUGGUCGGAACCAUCUUCAAAGCUUUCCUGGCGCCAGACACUCUUCGAGAAGAUCUUCGGUCAACUAGCAGACCUGCCAGGGAUGCAAGCGCGAGGCAUUCAGGAAGUUCAUGUGGAAGGGCAUCCGGAGGACUUCACUGGUCGCCGGAGCGGCUUGCGCUUCUACAUCUACAAUUUGCCAGGUGCUUUGUUCGAGGUGCUUCGUCAGCUCCAUGGCCGAGUGCGAGAGGCAGAGUCCCAGCCGGCGGCCUGCAACUUGGGGCUGGCGCCCUGCACCGAGACCCACAACCCACGAGGUACCUUCAACAGCUUGCGGCCGUUCAUGGCAGAGUCCACUUUCUUAGCAAAGCUCCUGUCAGGGCCGGAUCAUGUCAUUGUGGAGGACCCUAAUGAAGCCAGCUACUUUGUCGUGCCAUUCCUUUCAUCGAUGUGGUGCUCCUUAAGCGCUCCCUUUUGCUGGGUGCGCUGUUCAUCACAGAGGCCGUUAAAUGCAUUGCUGCCACUCUUAAGCUUCUACAACGCCUCCACCGCCCAUCGGCAUUUGUUCCUGGGAACUGACUCUGUGGGUGACCUGCCACAAGAUUUGCAGAUGCAACCGUUGGUCCUUCACUAUGGGCCAUCGCCCUGCGAAACCGGACCUUUGCUUACUCCUCCCACCAUCACUGAUGACUUGCCUUCCCCUCCUGGGCGUUGGGAGUUUAGCUCAAAGGAUUUGUUGGUCUUCAUCGCCGAUGGCGGUUCCAGCGAACGCCCUUACCGUGCCGGAGUCCUAGAGCAGUUGAAGCGUUGGAAACGUCGGCUGCCACAGCUUUUCGCAGUGGCUGAGCGAGAGGAACGGCCGACGGGAGUCUUGCCUGAAGUGCUGUGGGGGCAACAGAUCAGGCGCGCCCUCUUCUGCCCGGUGCUACCUGGAGACAACACCUUUCGCAUGCGAAUCUUCCAUGCCAUUCUGGCAGGUUGCAUCCCAGUGGUGAUGCUUUUCCCUGGUGGAAGCUGGUACCGAAGCCAUGGUCCACCCAUCGCCUCGAGCUUUCCCUUCCCGUCACGCAUCGAUUGGCGUGGUUUAAGUCUGGAGCUGCCUUUCGAUCCCAGCAACAGCACCGCUUUUCAGUGGGCGAAGGAGAUGAUGGUCAUGUUGCUCCAGAUGGACCCUAGAGACGUUUAUCGCAAGCAGCAACUCCUCGUGGCCGCCGCGCCGCUGCUUCGCUUCGACUUCCGCGGCCGCGCGCCGGACGCCUUCACCGCCCUGCUGGACGAGCUCGCCGCGCGGCCCUUGCGCCCACCGGAGCACCUGGAGUGCUUUGACCCAAGGGAGCGCUUCCGCACGCAGCGAUGCUUGUCGGGCGUGGAUCACUUGGCACGUGGAGAGGAAGAGAUCUAUGGAGUGGUUGCUUGCUGCCCCAAAUGGGGCCAAAGCGCACCGACGGAGGCCCAAAGCUGCAAUGUGGGAAGAACGGCUGAUGGCUCGUGUGUGAGCUUUGACGAGGCAGAGCACGGAGAUCCCGAGCGGCAACGGAAUUUGAAAUCCCACCUUGAGGCACUGCGGGCGGCACAUGUGAAAGCAGUGCUGGUCGGUGUCAAGGUCCUGGAGGAAGACCAAGACUGCAUUUUUUGAUGGAGAUUGCCUCGAACGGUCGAACCAUGGGCAUUUCAUCCGGUCGAACCAUUUGCCCGAUGACUCCGCUCGAAGGGAGUGAGUCCAUGAGGACGGACGGCGCAGC